AUGCAGCGAGUCGAGGGACAGGAGCCUUCUCCACAGCCACAACCGCCGUCGGCAGCGAAAGGAACCGCCCAGCAACCACCCAAAGCAUUGCGCUUCGUGACCAACUAUGGUGCACCGCAUCCCAAGAGAAGGCGCAUUGGAGCUGCGUGUUUGACAUGCAGGCGGCGCAAGACUGCAUGCUCGGGGGAGCGACCACACUGCGACACUUGCAAGCAGAACAAGCUGGACUGCGCGGGAUACUCGGCUGAGACAGCAGCGACACCCAGCCAUAAACGAUCAGCCUCAGAUGCGGGUGCACGACGGCCGUGGGAACAGGAUAGCCUUCCACGACCAGAGCGAGCCAAGGACCAACGUUCGCCCGAUGCCGACUCGAAGAACCAUCCGGCCAACGAUCUGACACUGUCCCGAACGAUAUCUGGUGAACGAUCGCCUCGGUCAGCAGCACCAGGGGGCAAGGCACAGUCUACAGAUGGCUCUAAGAAUGGACAUGGACGAGACUCGCUGUUCUCCGGACCACGGAAUCGAAUGCCGUACUUCAGGUGGCUUGGUCCAACAGCCAUUUUGCCUGGCUUCAAGCAGAUGGUGGUCAAGGUGAAGCGAUCAGAUACCGACGCCGGACGGUCUUCCACCAAUGGCGAAGGACUGAAGUCGCCAUCUCUCAACAACACGAAUACUACGGAGCAAAGGCUCGCGAGUGUCUUGCUGACUGGGCCUCCUACUGCAGAGUCCGAGCAGCGUCCCACGCUCAAUCUGCCUUUUUACGACACAUCACCGAUGCCGCCCAGCGAACUGAUCACCCACUUGGCCAAUACCUUCUUCACACAUCUUGGUUGUAACUACCCUUUCCUGCAACGAGAGCGCUUUCUCAGAGAUCUCGAAGAGAAGCAAGUCGAUGCCAUCUUGGUCGAUGCCGUAUGUGCUCUGGCAGCACGUUUCUCGACACACUCUCUCCUGACGCAAGCCGCUGGAGAAGGCGAAAACGCAGCUAGCCCUGCAGAGUACGGCCAUGCGUUCGCACAGCGUGCCAAAACCUCGCUGACGGACAUCUUCCCCUGUCCGACAAUCGCUGCCGCUCAGGCAGCUCUAUUGCUUGCGUAUAAUGAGUUUGGUGAGCAAAGAGACAGCGGUCUGUGGAUGUAUCUUGGCAUCUCCAUCAGAUUGGCUCAAGAUUUGGGACUGCACAAGCUCGAAGGCCUGAAGUACGUUGGUAGAGAUGGGCCAACACCCAAGGCUGUCAAACGACAGUCACAAAGUGGCUACAAGCACGGCUCGACAUAUGCUCACAGUAGCUCUCAUAGCACCGAGGCCUCAGUGUCGAGGCAUACUCCUACCGAGCGAGACUCCCCACUAGAGAGCCAGAAGGAUAUGGAAGAGACCAAGGCCGUUGAGCAGGAGCGCGUUGAUACGUUCUGGGCGAUCUUCUUCCUGGACCGAGUGGUCUCCAGCGGCACAGGUCGCAGAAGCACACUCCGCGAUAAGGACAUCGAGUUGUCCUUUCCUUCCGAAGCUCAAGCGGACAGCGAAUCACCUCCAGCACCAUUCCCAGCAUUGAUCAGGAUCGUCCACCUCUACGGACGUGUCGCCGAUCUACUGAAUAGUCUCAAGGAGCCAUCAGAUAUCACGACAGAAACACCAAAACGUCUGGCUGCCAUGGAGAGCCAAGUCACUCAUUUCUAUCAAGGCCUUUCGCAGAAGCUACACUUCAACGCCAUGAACUUCCAGUAUUACAUGAAGGUUGGAGAAGGCACCAACUUUGUCUUAUUGCACUUCUGGUUCCACACUCUCAUCAUCAUGUUGCAUCAGCCAACCCUCCUCAAGACCUUCGACAAGCGCAUGCUUCAGCUGUUUCCCAAUUCCCAGCAGCUCGCCAUGAGUAGUGCCAAGACCAUUUUCGAUAUCCUGUCCUACUCACAGCUUGUCGAUGCGAAGGCUUCACUCGGGAAUCCGUUCACUUCACAGCCCAUCUACAUUGCAGCGUGUGCUUUCCUACGAGAGACAGUGGAACAAACGGCCACGAGCAACGCACAGUCACGAGCCAACAGUCCUACCCGAAGCAGAGAAGCGACUUCUCACAACACGCCUUCCACGUCGACAGAAAUCGCAACACCCUCUCGAUCAACGCGCAGAGGUUCUAUCUCAGCUAUUACCGCAGCGACCUCUCCCAAUGGUAAGAUCACAGAUCCGGAUGCCAAAGAUCCCAAGGCGCAUGUGGCGAAGCAUACUUUGCUUGCCACUGCUGCUACACAACACUAUCAGCUCUGUUACAAGGCACUUCAGUCGCUGGAGACAUACUGGGCCGGCGCCAAGUAUAUCUUGACUGUGCUCAACCAAAAGUUCGAGGGAGUAGGUGACCCUCUGUUAUAUACAGUAGAAGAAGGGGAAUCUUCAAUGGAGCAACCUCGGCCAGAGCCUGCCUUCACAUCACCAGGCUGGCGUAGAAAGCUCAGCUGGGGUCCAAAUGCCGAUGCGGCUGGUCUCCAGUCUCCUUUCUGGCCAACAAAGGCGUUCGGUCCAGCUCCAGGAAGUUCUCGCGGCGUCGAUCCAAGCAAAGCCAUUGGUUGGACAUUGACUGGAGACAUGAACUCAUCCUCGACGAACCUAGCAUGGCACUAUGCAGCCGGGCAAAAUCCAAACCUGGACCCACGCUUGAGCUCAUCGCAUCAUGGUGAGCAUGGUCCACCUGCUAGUCAGACCUCAAAUGUCCAGGCCUCGAAAACCCUACGUGGUGGCUCUACAAGUGCACAGCGAUUAGCCAACCAGGACAACCAGGACAGACCUCAGCGCCAGGCAUCUCAAGAGUACACACCUCAUGGCGGUAAUGUCUCCAAGGCAGAGACUUCGUCGCUAGGAGUACCCUCACCGUACAGCCAACAAGGGAAUCUGCAAUCUCCAGUCACUACCGUGUCAGGGCCAUAUCAGACUCCGCAGAGUCUCAACCCACUGUUACUGGGCGCUUCGGGCCAGAUGAGCUGCGGCAUGGCAAACAUGACGGGUAAUAUGCAGCCAUAUACCACUCCCAGUACUUUCCCGGCUGAUCAGAAUGGCAACUUCGCCAUGAACUUCCUACCAGGCGAUAUGAUGAUUGAGUCGCAAGACGUGGAUAUGAGCAUGCUCGGGCUAGAUAUGAUGCCGUGGUUUGACUCAUAUCCGACGCCUCAGAUGAUGGGCAUGUUCGACCAAAACCAUACUACUGGCGGCGCGGAAGGGCAUGGGCAUGGAGAAGCACAGCAUGGACAACGCUAG